GCCCGUGGGUACCAUUAUAUGACGGUUGAGCUACACAAUCCAAGCUAAAGUUUUGAAAAACAUGUUAAGCCUUGUUCCCUAUCCCGGUACGUGACAUAUAUAUCUAUGUACUCGCAUUUGACUAUGUGUGUUGGCUUUUAAAUGAUUUUAACUGUUGCUUAUAUCAUUAUUUUAUCCUUAUUUCCGAGUUUCAUGUGAGCAUUCACCCCGCUAACCGUCUUCGGACGCUGUAUCCCCACACGAUGCAGGAACUGGCCAUACUUCUACCUCUCCUGCACUUGACUAGGAUUCAGGAUCAGCUCGUGAGUCAGACUGAAGUGGUACUGGAUGAUGGGAAACUGACCCAGAGACAUGUGCUGCGGAGCCAUCAAAAGCCAGUUUCUUUUGUAGCUUGGAGCCCUGAUGAUACAAUGUUGCUAACCUGUGGGAAUAUAGAAGUGCUCAAUCUCUGGGACGUGGAGACAGGUACAUGUAAGCACACAUAUGGAGAUGCUGGUUUCAUUAUCAGCUCAUGUGCUUGGUUUCCUGAUUCUAAGAGAUUCGUCUGUGGCAGUUCGGACCCUGAAAAAGGCAUAUACAUGUGGGACUGUGAGGGUAAUGAGAUCAGAUCUUGGAAAGGGAUGCGGAUGCCAAAGGUUCUAGAUCUUGCUAUUACAGCUGACGGAGAAAAACUUAUCAGUAUAUUUUCUGACAGAGAUAUCCGAAUAUUGAAUGUGGGGACAAGUGCUGAACGUGUGAUUUCAGAGGCACAUCCACUCACAUCCCUUUCAUUAUCAGGGGAUGGUAAAUUUUUCAUAGUAAACCUUAAUAGUCAAGAAAUUCAUAUGUGGGAUAUUGCAGGCAAGUGGCUUAGCCCCUUGAAGUUUAAAGGCCACAGACAACAUAAGUAUGUGAUACGCUCCUGUUUUGGAGGAUUGGAUAGCACUUUUAUAGCCAGUGGUAGUGAAGAUUCAAAGGUAUGCUCGUUCAUUAAUGCCUCAAUCCCCGCUCCCCGCCGCCCCAAAAAAAAUAAUACUCCCUUUGUUUUAUAAUAAAUGAAUUGUUGAAUUUUGGCACACAUAUUAAGGAAAAA